AUGGAGAUAGCCUUGGUGAGUUUUGAAAACGGCGGCGCAAAAGGAAGCGGUGGAAAUGCCGGCGAAGCCUGCCAAAACGCCCUGGAUCAUCCCCAACCAGGCUUUGUCCAGACAGGGUUCACUGAGGGCUACAAGGAGUCAAACACGUUGACCAGCCCACCUCUGAGCUCCAAGUGGAAAAUUAACGACAUGAACAACACUUUUGGCUGCAACGAAAAUGCCAUGGAUGCGCUGUUGCGCGCCGACCAUAGUCCGCAUCUGUUUGAUGAGGACAUGUUGGACGUGGACAUGGACAACGAUAGCAAUGAGAGGGUGUUAAUAAACAUUGCCGGACUAAAGUACGAAACACAGUUGGGCACCUUAAAUCAGUUCCCAGAUACUUUGCUGGGGGAUCCUAAUAAGAGAAUUAAAUACUUCGAUCCACUUCGGAACGAGUACUUCUUUGACCGCAACAGGCCGAGUUUCGAUGGGAUUCUCUAUUUCUAUCAGUCGGGGGGGAAGAUUCGGCGACCCGUCAAUGUGUCCAUCGACGUCUUUGCCGAUGAGAUUCGCUUUUAUCAACUGGGGGAGGAUGCGAUGGAGCGUUUCCGUGAGGACGAGGGCUACAUCAAAGAAGAGGAGAAACCCUUGCCACAAAAUGAAUUUCAGAAACAGGUAUGGCUCAUCUUUGAGUACCCCGAGAGUUCGAGCCCCGCGCGAGGGAUUGCAAUUGUGUCUGUGAUUGUCAUCACCAUAUCGAUCAUAACGUUUUGCUUGGAGACGCUACCAGAGUUCCGAGAUGAGAGAGAACUGCCAGUCACUGUCAGAGGGGACAACAGCACGGCCCCACGGCCGUCGCUCACCUUCACAGACCCAUUUUUCAUCAUAGAAACCACCUGUGUGAUAUGGUUCACGUUUGAGCUUAUAGUGCGCUUUUUCGCCUGUCCAAGCAAGGCGGAGUUUUCUAAGACCGUCAUGAACAUUAUUGAUAUUAUGUCCAUAAUGCCUUACUUCAUUACAGUAGGCACUGAGCUGGCCGAGCAACAGAACCCCCCCGACGUCGGCGAAGAGCACCAAAACGGCCAGCCAUCCAUGUCUCUGGCCAUUUUGAGAGUCAUAAGGCUGGUGCGAGUAUUUCGAAUAUUCAAACUCUCUCGCCACUCCAAGGGCCUUCAGAUUCUGGGCCAGACUUUAAAGGCCAGCAUGCGCGAGCUGGGCCUCUUAAUCUUCUUUCUCUUUAUAGGAGUUAUCUUGUUCUCGAGCGCCGUGUUCUUCGCAGAGGCGGACGAGCCAGAGUCGCACUUCUCCAGCAUCCCCGAUGCCUUCUGGUGGGCGGUUGUAACUAUGACCACAGUAGGCUACGGGGACAUGAGACCCGUGACGGUGGGUGGUAAAAUUGUGGGCUCUCUCUGUGCCAUCGCUGGCGUGUUGACCAUCGCUUUGCCGGUGCCGGUCAUCGUGUCCAACUUCAACUAUUUUUACCACAGAGAAACCGAUCAGGAUCAAGCAUCACUUAAAGAUGACAACAACGCCGGUGGCGGCCAGAGUCCAAACGAUGAAAUGAAACGCAGCGGCAGCGGGUCAUCUCUGAAGUCAACAGGGGACGUGGAGAAUAACGACGAAACAAACACGCCUGUGGAGAAAACGAACAUCAAAGCUAACAGCAGCAUGGACAUCAAGAAAUCCCUUUACGCAUUUUGUCUGGACACGAGGGAAACAGACUUGUAGACCCUCAGUGUCGGGCUCGGUGUCCACCGUAGAUGGUGGCAUCAUGGUACUGUGAGAGUCACUCAGUCUUUGAAAAAAAAAAGAAAAAGAAAAAGAAAAAAAAACGAAUUUGUGUGUUCAAAGGCUUUUGCACAAUGUUAGAAUCAACACGAUAUUGCUAUUCAGGAAAGUUUUGCUACCCUGUUGCAUAAGCACAGCUCACACUUUUUCUAAUUUGAAGAGCACAUUCAUUAAAAUUCCA